GGGCAGAGAGCUACGAGAGGCUCCACCCCCGCGGGCUACCAGGCCUGCGGUGCUCGGUGCUCCUUCCUCCCGGCUCCGCUACCCACGGGCUGGUCCCUGUCUCCCCGCGUCUGGAGCACAGCUGCGCGGCUGCGCGCGGGCGCGGUUUUCGGUGGUUCGGCGCGUCCCGCGACUCGGCGCACCCACCCCCGGGGCCACCCAGGCGGCGCCCACGGUGAGGGCUCGGAGCAGAGAAGUUUCCUGGCCCCUGAGCCAGGGGACGCCUACGUGACGACCGCCCCGGUGGUCGCCGAGGUCGGGGCACCAUGGAGGAGCCUCCGUUGCGGGAGGAGGAGGACGAGGAGGACGAAGAGGGCGCCCUGGCCAAGAGCCCCCUGCAGCUGACCGCGGACGACGUGUACGACAUCUCCUACGUGGUGGGCCGCGAGCUCAUGGCCCUGGGCAGCGACCCCCGCGUCACGCGGCUGCAGUUCAAGAUCGUGCGCGUGAUGGAGAUGCUGGAGGCGCUGGUGAACGAGAGCGGCCUGGCGGUCGAGGAGCUGAGGAUGGAGAGGGACAACCUCAAGCAGGAGGUGGAGGGCCUGCGGAGAGCCAGUGUGGCAGGAGUCCCGGUGAACCUUGGACCGGACAAAAUGGUGGUGGAUCUGACAGACCCCAACCGGCCCCGCUUCACUCUGCAGGAGCUGAGGGAGGUGCUGCAGGAGCGCAACAAGCUCAAGUCGCAGCUGCUGCUGGUGCAAGAGGAGCUGCAGUGCUACAGGAGUGGCCUUCUUCCCCCCAGAGAUGCUCCAGCGGGAAGAAGGGAGAAGAACGCUGCAGUUACCAUGGGCAACAGCGAGAAGGAGGAGUGGACCAUCAUGAAGAAGCUGUUCUCUUUCCGGUCAGGGAAGCAUACCUAGAUUGAAGGCCACCACUAAGACUGUGUGGAAAGGAAAUGAAACAACAGUUAGUGUUCACCUGCUGUGCUACUGCCAACCUGUGAUGCGAAAGCCCUGAGCCUGCCUCUCCUUACCCGCAUGCACGAGCAACCAUCAUCUGGCUUCAUCUGGAACAAAAGGGACACAGCUCUAGCCUGCUACACUUUAAACCUUUGUUUCUGUUGGUUUCUGAGACAAGCAAUCACUCUGUAAGGCCAUGCUGGCCUUGAACUCAUGAUCCACCUGCCUCAGCCUCCAGAGUCUGGGCAUCACCAUAGUCAGCUAGUCUGGAUCUCAAGUGUCUCCCCAAAGGUCCUCUGAGAAAUGCAUAGAUGGCCCUGUGGUAUCAUUGGGAGGCACUGAAACUAUUAAGAGGUGGGAUUUAGCGGGGUCAUGGGGAUGUACCCUGUAUGGAUAGUGGGAGCCCUAUUUUUUUCAUUUUCAGCAAUGAAGCAAGUGGUUUUGUCCCACAUGCUCUUCCAUGAGGUGCUGCCUGUAAGAGGGUUCUGCUCAUGAACGGAAGCCCCUAAGGCAGUAACAGAAUAAACCUUUAUUACCACA